AUGUUAAUUCUUGACAAGCUUGCUAGCUUAGAUAUAGAGAACUGUAUAGAAAUCAGCAGAUCAACUGGCCUCAUCUCUAAGAUUGUAGAGUUCACAAGCAAAAGAACCGACUUGACAAAUAUCAAUGAGACACACCAGACGUUGUUGAAAUGUUCAUCACUGAAGCUGCUGACAAGACUUGCAAGUACUAAAGGGAAAUUUGGUGUAACUAUGUGUCAGAUGAUAACAAAACAUCCCUUCCUUUUGAGCAACCUUGCAGAAAUAUUGGAUAACAAUGGGAGCAGCCAAGAACUUAGGGAGCUCACAGCGCAACUCAUUAGAAACCUUGCUAUGGGGGGAAAUGUGAAGGAGAUCGGGCACAUCCCAAUGAUCAUUAGCAGGUUGAUGGAUGCAUUUCUCAGCCGAAGUGCACCCUCAAGUACAGAUACAGAUCAGUUGCUACGAAUGAUCGCUGGGCAAGAACUAGCACUACUGGCAAUGGAGAGUGCCAAUAACUGUUUGCUUAUGUUAGCAGAACCAGGGUAUGUGUUCAUCAAGGAACUCGCUGUUAUGAUCCGCAGUGACAUGUACAGGUACAUUGCAUCAAGCCUGUUGCGGAGUAUGUGUGUGCAUGCUCGACCGCAGCUUGGCAACUCGGACCUGAACGAAGUCUCCUGCAUUUUGCAAGUGGUGCUGGAAGGAAUAAUGGAUGCAGAAGGGAGAGAACUAGAGGUCCUUGUUGGCCUUAGUUCACAAAUAUGUAAUGUCAUUCCAGAAGACUUUGUGCGAGGGCUAGAGCAUAAUCAGAUAAAGGAAAGUUUUAUACAGAGGCUUGUCAGUGCACUUAACUCAAAUAUGGUACCCAGUGCUCAUUGUCUAGGAAUCAGGAGGGUCGUAGUUCAACAUGCCAUAUACAUGAUGGAAUGCAAUCCAGUCUACGUUAACUGUUUCAACGAAUGCCAGAUGAUGGAAGCACUGGUAAGGGUAGAGCGUACACCUUCAAGGGCUGAAAACUACAGGUUCUUCUUGGGUGAUGCAGGAAUCAUGGAGCACAACAUACCUCUAUCCGUGCUUGUGGCUAUAGCAAAAGAAUUGAUGGGCCAUGAGCAGUUAUGAGGCAUCAGCAGUGUCACCUGAACAUGUAUUUAGAUGAUAUUCUACUACUGGUUUAUACUGGAACUUCCCAUUGGCUCACCAUAUUGGUGAGUUAUUCAUUGCAAUCCAAGGAGAUCCCAUGAAAUUUGACAAGUAGACAUUGUGCCACGACAUGAUGAGGGUAACUUAAAUAAUGGCUGGGUUAGUGUUGUAAGACCAUGGAUAUAUGGAAGAUGAUGAUUCUGAUUUGUGAUUGAAUAUGAAAUGACAUGGUAGUUGUGCAUUGUCAGGCUGUGAGGCUUCAACACCAACUCAUCGUAUUUUAAAUU